AUGCCAGAAUAUACCAACUUUGAGAGCAAGUUUGAUGACAUUGACAUGCUUGAAAUACCUGAGGAUGAUGAUGGGGAAAACAGCAUUGAUAACUCAAUUUCAUCUGAAACUGAAGGUAUUUCUGAUUCUUCCGACUCAAGCAAAAGCAGUUACGACCAAUGGAGUCCAGUAGCAAUAUUCAAAUCAGAUAAGGAGUACAUUGACUUAUCAGACUGGUUGAACACUCAAAAAUCUUUAGAAUUUAAGUUUGAUGUUCAAAAGUAUAGGAAGGGAAUAGAAAAAUCUAGACCAUUUGAUGAGAAAUAUAUCUUGUACGUCAACAACAUGUUCAAAAUCAUUCAAAAACUUACUGAGGAUGACAUCACUAGAUUUGACUUGGAGGAAGACGAUUCUCCUAUAGGCUUGGUUAUGGAUCUGAUGGGAUCAAAGGCCAAACAGGUGCGGAAAUUCAAAAAGAUUGAUGAAGCAUUGAGAGAGAUAAUUGAUUAUUUGCAAGAUUUGGUAAAUUCUAUACCGAAGGAGGAACAAGAAUCUUAUGAUUCCCAAUGUUUACAACAUGUGUUAUAUAUUUUAGAAUGUUUUGAAGCCAACAAUUUCUAUUUUGAUAUCCAGCAAAAACCGGAAUUGAUUAUCAAGUGGGUAAAUACUUUUGAUCCCAAACCGGACCCAGAAUUGUUGAAUGACGUUAUUGUGAACACACCACAACCUUAUUUGCAUCCUCGGUUUUGGAACACUUGUAUAUCUCAGCUUCUUACAAGAGGAUUGUUUACUCAGAUUCACGAAGUAAUUGAGCAUUCACAGUACCAGGAAUUAAAGGAAAAGUGUCCGGAAUUGUAUGCUGUGAUUGGUGACAUGGAUACUUUGUUAUCGAAUUACACUUCCUACUCCUCCAAGGGACAAUUUACCGCAUGGAAGCUUUUGGCAUGUGAAUUCCGCGAUUCUUUGUCAUCAGUGAGAAAUGAAAGUAUCACCGAAACUAAGCACAAAUUGAUUAUAGAUCAAAUUUACGAUUUGGCAUGCAUUUUUACAGGAUUACCUAAAACUAUUUCUAGCUAUUGCGAUACAUGGUAUGAAGUGUAUUUGGCAUUAUCGUUGUACCAAGUACGAGACAGCAACGAAGUUUAUAUUGAUUACUUUAAAACAGCUGUUUCCGAAAAGCCGCCUUCGGACAUAUUUGAUGACGAAAACGAGAACUUAGACGGGUUAACCGAAGCAUGCUUUUUGAAUAUUUUGGAAAAUAACUUUUUGAAAGUUUUAGAAACUUUACAUGAGUUGGAUCCUCCAACAACAGCUUAUUUGGCCGAGCUAAUGGAAUUGAGGUUUUUACUUAGAGGCUACUACUUCGAUGUCACUGUGACCUCUUCAGCAAGUUUUGAAGAUUUACUUAAUAGGAGGAUAGUAUCUGAGUACUUCUUAACUAGACAUGCAUACGACUGUUUAAAUAUUCAUGAAUUGGUACCAGUGGGUAUUGGUCUUCUAUUGAAUAACGUAGUAUGCACGUCCAACAAUGCUGUUUCUGCCAACAGAAAAGUUAUCGCGACAUUUUUACCCAACUAUAUCUGUAAUACUAAUGAUGAUCUUGAAUGGGCCUUGACUAUAUGUGCCAAUUUGAAUUUGGUGUCGACGGCUAGACAAUUGUACUAUCAGGCUGGUUUGAAGUCUUUGGAAGAAGGUUACAUGUACGAAGCAUUGAAUAAUUUUGUCAAUUGCUACGAUCCAACAUUAUUGAGUGGUGAAAAUCACAGUGAAGGUAUGAAGAAAGUGCAUUAUAUUGUGUGGGAUUUAAUAUUUGCAAAUUGUCUUGUUCAUAACCGACCAAUAAAGGAUGAACUAAUCAACAACAUCGUUGACAAGAAAGUUGAUCUUAAUUUCAAAAUACACCCUGUCAUUCAACAAUGUCUUGCUCCAUAUGCUGUAUUGAAGGAGUUUUAUGAAACAUUACCACAAAGGGAUAUAAAGCUCUCUAAUAAACUUUCGAAAUUGAUUCAUCUAUUAAAAUUCAACUACUUGCCAAAAAAAUUUGUUCCAUUGUUACUAGCACAAUUUAUUCCGUUUUUAAGUGAACCAAACACAACUUUCCAGUUGCCUGAUUUGGUUAUUAUUAUUGAAUUGCUUGACAACUACGAAAGCGAUAGAAAUGAGAAAGAACUUAAAGAGGGUGCCGAUUUGUAUUUGUACUCAAUUAAUAAUAUUGAGUCAGAUGCUGAUGAAAACGACUGGCGAAAACUAGUGGGUAAAGACAAUUUGCCAAAAGAUAUUGAUCUGUUCACAAGAUUGUUGAGAAACCUAAUUGCAGCAAAGGUUGGUAAAGUGUUUAUAUAG